AUGAUUAUUCCUUCUAUCACUAAAGGUUUAGUCUUCCGUAGUCUUACAAGUAUAAGUGCACUUAGUUGUAGUAGCAAAAGGCUGAUGGCAUCUAUUAAAAUCCCCAAGAUUAGUGAAUUGCCCUCGUUGGGUCUACCAUUAGAAAACGCAAAGAGAGCAGCAGCUUAUCGUGCAGUUGAUGAGAAUCUAGAUGUUUACCAACAUAGAGUUAUUGGUAUCGGUAGCGGUAGUACCGUUAUUUAUGUGGCAGAAAGAAUAGGUCAAUAUUUGAGAGAUGAUGAGUACAGGGAUUAUGUGUCUAAAUUUAAGUGUGUUGCAACUGGGUACCAAUCGAAGCAGUUAAUUAUGGAUAAUGGACUUACUUAUGCAAUAUUGGAGCAGCAUCCGCAUAUAGAUAUAGCAUUCGAUGGUGCGGAUGAGAUUGAUUGUAAUUUGGAUUUGAUUAAAGGUGGUGGAGGAUGCCUUUUCCAAGAGAAAUUGAUUAGUACAAGUGCUAAGAUCUUUGUUGUGGUAGCAGACACAAGUAAAAAAUCGCCAAGGAGAUUAGGGUCACACUGGGUACAAGGUGUUCCUAUUGAAGUUGUGCCUGCGGCUUAUAAUCGUGUGCAAGAUGAUUUACUAAAUCUAUUAGGUGCAAAGACGGCUACUUUAAGACAAGGUGGUAAGGUUAAAAUGGGACCUGUUGUUACAGAUAAUAACAACUUCAUUCUUGAUACGCAUUUUGGUGAUAUUGACGAUCCAAAGAAAUUGCACGAUAAUAUUAAGGCACUGGUUGGUGUUGUAGAAACUGGGUUAUUCAUUGGGAACGCAGCAAAGGCUUAUUUAGGUAGCCCUGAUGGCGAUGUUCUAAUUACCAGCAGAGAAAACCCAGCUGAAUUACAAAAUGAGACCAUUAUGGAACAAUAA